UGACCAUGGGGAGUCUGUCUGGCUUCCUCCUGGCACUGCAGCAGCUGUAAUUUUUGUAGCCUGAUGUUAAGUGGUGCUUUGUGCUUGUAUUUAGUUCAGURGCUCAGCUGCAGCAUGUGGGGAUCCUACCAAGCCCUGCUUGGGGCAGAGGACUUUCAGUGCCUCCCUUCUGAGAAUGUGGGGUGGAAAUGUGUGUCCCAGGCUGCUGGUGGRAGUGAGGGGUCCCAGYSCCCUCCGAGGCUGGGCAGCUGUGACCUGACCCUGCUCUGUCCUCACCCCCAAGAGCACGAGAGGGUGUUGAGCACCUCUCAACCCUGCCAAGAUGCCGAUCAUGAAGCACAGACAGCACAUGAAGAUGUUCAAGAACAAGGGCAAGGAUGAAACUACCCUGCGGAGGCAGAGGGUGGAGGUGAGCAUCGAGCUGCGCAAGGCCAAGAAGGAUGAGCAGAUCCUGAAGCGCAGAAACAUUUCCAUGCAAGUGAAGGAGGGGAAUCCCUCUCAGGGACAAGACAAUGCAGAGCAGAUUAUUCAGCCGUCCUUGGAGGAGAUCGUGGAAGCCGUGAAUGGGAAUGACACCCAGCUGCAGCUGCUGGCCACCCAGGCUGCCAGGAGAAUGCUGUCCAGGCAUAAGGACCCCCCCAUCAGYCAGAUCAUCGAGCUGGGGAUCAUCCCCAGGAUGGUGGAAUUCCUGGGCCGUGCUGACAACGCUGCCCUGCAGUUUGAGGCAGCCUGGGCACUGACCAACAUCGCCUCUGGYACCUCGGAGCACACCAGGGCUGUGGUGGAGGGAGGUGCCAUCCCAGCCUUCAUCUCCCUGCUGUCCUCCCCACACAUGCACAUCAGUGAGCAGUCCGUGUGGGCUCUGGGCAACAUUGCAGGGGAUGGCCCCUUCUACAGGGAUGCUCUUAUUUCUCGUGAUGUGAUUUCUCCCUUGCUGGCUCUGGUGUCACCUGCAACUCCAGUUGGGUUCCUGAGGAACAUCACCUGGACACUGUCAAACCUGUGCAGGAACAAGAACCCCUGCCCUCCCUUGGAUGCUGUGAAGAAGAUUCUGCCAGUCCUCAUCUCCCUUCUGCAGCACGAGGACAAGGAUGUCAUCUCUGACUCCUGCUGGGCCCUUUCCUACCUGACUGAUGGCUGCAAUGAYCGCAUCCAAGUUGUGGUGGACACAGGGAUUCUCCCACGGCUUGUGGAGCUCAUGGACAGCCCAGAGCUGAUUGUCAUGACUCCAGCUCUCCGUGCCAUCGGGAAUGUGGUCACAGGCACAGACCAGCAGACCCAGGAAGCCAUUGAUGCUGGUAUGCUGACUGUCCUGCCCCGGCUGCUGAGGCACAUCAAGCCAGUGAUCCAGAAGGAAGCAGCAUGGGCUCUCAGCAACAUUGCAGCAGGGCCUUGCCAGCAGAUCCAGCAGAUCAUCAACUGUGGGUUACUGCCACCUUUGGUGGAGCUGCUUGACAAGGGUGACUUCAAGGCUCAGAAGGAGGCUGUGUGGGUUGUGGCCAACUUCACRACUGGAGGAAGAGUGGAGCAAGUGGUGGAGCUCGUGCGUUCUGGGGUCCUCAAACCUCUGCUCAACCUGCUCUUGGCCAAAGACAGCAAGACCAUCCUGAUCAUCCUGGAUACCCUUUCAAAUCUCUUCCUGGCAGCUGAGAAGCUGGGGGAGACAGAGAAGUUGUGUCUGCUGGUGGAAGAGCUUGAUGGUCUGGAGAAAAUWGAAGAUUUGCAAAACCAUGAGAAUGACAUGGUCUACAGAGCUGCUGUGAACAUCAUAGAGAAAUACUUUUCUGGUGAGGACACCACAGACCUGGAGCCCCAGACAGGCCCGGAUGGGCUGUAUGAUUUCUCAGUGGAGMAUCAAGACUUUGACUUCUGAAGAUGAAGCACAACACAGCUCUAAGCUGGUGGUGGAGGUGACUUGGAAGAGCUCAGACAUCCAAACCAUGAGGWGUAGAGAUGCUGAGCCUUUUUACUUCUGAAACUUGUCAAUAAAUUGCACU